AUGUUAACGAAGCUCUCAGUCAAGGAUUUAUGGAUAACAUCUAAUGCAACUUUUAUUACCUUGUAUAGCUUGUAUCUAUCCUCAUGGAUCAUCCGUUUGCCUUUUGUUGCCAGUAUACCGCGUAUUAUGACAAACAUAGCGGUUGCUACGGCGUAUUUCCUUACUUUGUACCCACAGAAACAGAACCUUGAUCGCAUUUUGGAGAAUACGAACACCUUUUGCUUUCUUUUCUUUCUCACCAACCCGCCCCUUCUGUUCAUGCUGCCUUUCUAUAUUUCCUCUGUUGUGAAUGUUUCGAGCGUUGUCCUGACGCAUCCAAAGCUGAAAAAGUACGCGUUUGCAAGUUAUUGCCAUGCUGUGAACAAGAACAGAGAAAAUGUCAUAAUGCUUGCUUAUAUAAUUGAGCUGUGCAUGAUUCCACUGGUAAUACUCUCUAGUUUGCUUGGAUACUCUUCGUUCUUCAACAUGGUUUCGUACGGCCUGUUGAUAAAGAUGUCCCUCAAAAUUGAUAUGAUGAUGAGACGAGCGCUGCUCAUUAUACUGCAGGUAAUUGAUUCUAAAAUUAUGAACUUGCCCAAGGACUGGCAGAAACUGUACAUGGAUUUGAAGGAUUACAUGCAAGUUAAGCAUAUAGUGGUCAAUGAGGAGAUGAAAAAUAAAUAAAACGAGCGGUUGAAGUUA